AUGUUGGCGCCAACAUUCCUCAAGGCUGGCCUCCUCCUGCUUUCUCAGCUACACCUGACUUGGGCCCUCGUCCCACGCGCAACGGGUCUUAUUGCCAAUUGUGCCCAGCAAACGACAGCUACCGAUGGCAAUACGUGCGAUUCUUUCGGCGGAUUCGGCCUCAGCCGAGAUGCAUUUAAGGCCUUGAAUCCAAAGAUCAACGAGAAGUGUACAAAUCUUAUUGCCGGUGAACUCUACUGUGUGAAAGUGUCCGCCACCAGCAGCUCUUCCAUCGCAACAUCGGCGAAAACUACUCCCACCACGGCGACUGUGAUGACAACGAUGACAACGAUGACCACUGUGACCAAGACAACCGCGACGAGCUCGGCGGACAACAGCGUCCCCACCUCACUGCACCUCCAUCCAGGAUAUGUAGAGAACUGCAAGGACCAUGAACGCGUCCAAUCUGGCGACACAUGCUAUAAGAUUGCUACAAGAAAAGGAACGACACCGGAAAUGAUUAUGAAGCUCAAUUCGGUGGGAACCCAGUGCGAGAAAUUGUUUCUGGGCUACGACGUUUGCUCCAUGGAAGCAGCUUCGGAGGCCUCCAAGUGGCGCCCUAUCAAGACGAUGUCCAAAGCAUUGGAGGAACCGACAAUCUUGGACAGUUGCUAG